AUGGAACAAGAACCCGAGGAGGAUCGUACCGAGGAUCCAGAGGAGAUGGAACAAGAACCCGAAGAGGAAAUGGAGAUCGAGGCAUACGAGUCCAUGGGAGAAGUGACCCCUAUAGAGGAGGAACGACAUGUUGCAUCGCCACCUCCUACCUCUUAUUACCUAGGCUCGGGUCUCACAGGGAACCUUCACUCGUACGAUGCUGCCCCUAUUGAGCCUACAUCGAACCCUGUAUCUGAAGCCCCUCGUGCGAUUCAGGAGAUGAGAAUGCAUGAUCCUGCCUGGAUAACCGAAGUUGUGAAUGAAUGGGUCCGAGACCAGGGAGGAACCCAUCCAUUUGAAGUAAGGCGAUGCUCGAAGGCGUAA